AUGGACUCAUCACCCAGCUCUGUUGUAUCGAUCUCCAGUAUGCUUUCUGAUGUGUCGGACAUCAACGAACAAACAUUCAUGGCGCCUAUGAGCGAUACCGUUUCUCUCAUUCCAGAAGUCAAUGGGAAACCCUUAUUUGAACCUGGUGAUGGCGAUAUGGAACUUAUCGUUAACGGAACUCGGUUCGAGACGCAUCGAUACCUCAUCAAACGGUUUAAUAAAUGGAGGGACACAGCUUCCAAGCAAAACUCUAGUCGGUACCUGAAUAUAACUGAAGCGACUUCGUGCGAGGACUUUUCUAAUAUGUUCAAAGUCUUAUAUGCUACUGCACUGGAAGGCCCAUUCGACUUUGACCCUCCAACUCUCGUCUCAGCCCUACGCCUUGCUACCAAAUACGAAUAUCUUGUUUUGCGGGACUAUGCUAUUCGACAUCUUGAACAGGCAGAACUAUCGCCCAUUAGCCGUGUCAAAAUCGCGCGCGAGUUAAACCUCCCAUCAUGGCUAGAACCAGCAUAUGUUGACUUGUGUAAUCGGGAUGAAACAAUAACUGAGGAAGAAGCCAGCAUACUUGGAAUGACCACGUUUGUGCGCGUUGCGAAGAUACGAGAGAAAGAGCAGAGACGACGAGGAAGGGUAGUAGACGCAGGAUGCGAAGAAAACAUCGAGCUAGACGAUUCAGAUGCCGAUAAGCCGAAGAAAGAAACGGCGAGCGGACUGAAAAUAGGUUGGGAUGUACCGCCGGAAACAACCUUGCCUCCACCUCCAUCCGGCCAUACUAUUUACGGGAGAAAGAGGAAAGCUAAGAAGGGGGCAACUAGCACCAUUGGUACAAUAAAAAAGGAUGAUAACACAGUAAUUCAAGACCAAGUAAAGAGCCAGGAAACACAGAUCCAACCUUCUUUCGUAGAUGUUCAAGUAACUGGAAGAUACGAGAAUAAUGAAUGUGUAUACCGUGAAAACAGCGAGGUGGGAUUGUCGGUUCCUGGGUGUUCAUGCUCUCGCCGUUCCGUAUUCGGAUUCGGUGGAAUUACGUAUGCACCUGCGCCCUGUGUGCUCCCAGCAUGUGCUGCCGCCGCUUUCAAACACCUACAACUGGGGCAGCUUGCCCACGCCAAGGAUAUAGUUGAUAUUCGAUCCUCUAUAGACAAACUGCAGCCUGUAGUAAGCCCGAAGCCUACCCCCGACCAAGAGGCCGACGUCCAGAGCCUUGUCCACCAAUCUAUACACGAACAGGUCCGGGAAAUGCUGAGCGAGCUUUCAUGA